AUGAGCUGCCUCUUCCCAUGCUACCCUUCUGAAGAAGAUGUAAGUUCCUGUUUUGCCGAACGGUCUACCGUAGUCUACAGUACUCAAAACUGUACCUUCUUUGACCUUUCUGAAGCUCAGGCUCCCAUCUUACCGUAGUCUAUCCAUAUUUUAAUUGAACUUUUUCCCGGCCUGUUUUACUGCAUUACCAAGCUACGUUUCGUCUUUUGAAAAUUUCUAGAUUUUCCCCAAGUUUUUGAAUAUUUUUUCCUGGGAAGUUGGCGUUGCUUGACAGCUUUUCCUAAGGCGUGGCCUCUAGUUAGACUCCACAAGGGGUUUGGAAGUUUUCUGAUCUGCCAGAGUUAAAAAACAAAGAUCGGUGGCACUUCCGAGAAUUUCAAGGUGUCCCUCAAGGGUCAUUUUUCGAGGAGAAACCCUGGAUGAAGUGUUUGAAAUGCUCGGGUCGCAUUUGGAAUGGGUCAAAGCGUGUCGAACGUUUGCGAAGACUUAUGGCAGUUUGCUUUGAUGUCUAUUGGAUGCAUUUGCGCGCAAGUCGUUUUAAUUCGGACAGUCGCAACGAAUCGGUUUCAGAUGCUUAUACAGCUCAGAAGUCACGGUCAAUCGAUCAAUUUCAGUUUUCACUAAUUCCACGACACAAUUUUUCUAGAAGUUGAAUCAAAAUACAAAUGCAACCUGAAAAAGAAACCACAAAAGAUCAACCUAUGCAGAAAAAAACUCCCUCAACACAAUUAUUUUCGGGUGUGAUUGUUGUCCCAAACGUCACGGCCAAGACGCAAAACAAUUUUAAGAUUGAGCCGAAAAAUUCGGUGAAAGUUCCCAGGCGCUCAUUAACUUUUUUUUUCCCCGUUUCUGUGCCGACUAUUUAACCUGCCUUCAGAAGCUGGAAUCGUCGGAAGGAACGUCCGCCACGGUGUCAACGAUUAACUUCCGUUUUCUCCUAUGUGGUGGUCUGCAACUGAGUGCCCAGGUUGAGAACAGGUAAAUUAAUAAGUUUUCCGGAAAAAGUAGAAGUUCCUGGAGAAGAUCUUUGAGUUGGAAACAUGGGCCAAGGAUUUUCUAACGAUUCUAUUUGAAAAACACUAACAUAAUUUUUCUCAUAUAUUUUGACUGCUUAAAGUCCUUGACUACCUGUUAAAAUCGUGAACAAAAAUUUUUCCUUCCUAAAAAAAUUUUGUAUCUUGCUUGCGUGACACCCUACCAUAAGAAACUCUGCAAAAAGUCAGAAAAUGGGCGUGGCUUUUUUUCGGUUCAAAGCGUUUCUUUUCGUGAUAGGCCACCUUUUCUUGAUGUCAGUUGUUAUGUCGACACCAAAACCAACUUUGAGGUAAGAUAGUUUUUUUGAGUAUUCCAUUUCAAGUAGUCUGAUGAUCAACUUUUUUUAAUAUUUUAUUUUUUUAUUAAGAUAUUUCUAGCUAUUUUUUUCGCCUAUAGCUGGAUAUCUUGAAGCUUUUUGGAGCCAAACAGUUGUUUUUCAAGAAAAAAAUUGCUUAAUUGGCUAUCAAAAAAAGUGCGCUCCAUUGAGAAUGUCUACGACUUAGGCGACUAUGAUUUUUUUCCUCGAAGAAUGAGCUUUAUUUUUUUAAAGAGUACUUUGAAAAAAAUAUUGGUGAAAAAGCCGCUAAUCAAGAACGCUCUAGGGAUAAAGCUGAUCUUUUUUUAUAACGCUCCACCAUUUUUUUAAACAAACAGUAUUGAUCUAAAAAAAUUGUACGUUGAAUCUUACAGCAAAAAUCAGAAUAUUUUCUUCAAGUUCUUUUUUCUUCAAGGUUCGAACUCAAAAGUUUCAGAGUAAAUGUCUGCGGCGGCACUACGCUUACCGUCGAAGAGAUGCUCCGAAAGAACAGCGCAAUCGAGAAACAAAUCGACAAAGAGCGUAAAACUGUGGAAAAAACCCUGAAAAUUCUCCUCUUGGGUAUAUUUUGCCUGCAAAUAUUGCUCUAAAGUCUCAAUUUUAGGAGGCCCAGAGUCGGGAAAAAGCACGAUAUUCAAACAGAUGAGGUGAGGCACUAGAAGGAAUUCAACAGUUUUUUUCUCGAAUUUGCAGAAUCUUGCACUGUAAUGGGUUCACCGACAUUGACUACGUCAAUUUCCGCUACUUGGUCUACAGUAACAUCAUUCAGUCGAUAGAGCAACUUAUACGAGCCGCGGAGCAACUUCAUUUCUCGUCGGAUGAGACUUCAGAAGUUCAGGUUAGUUCUGGGAAACAAAGGUUGCGUGCCGCAUGUAGAAUGGCUCGACGUGUUGCGGUUGACUUGCCCUGAUGAUUCUCGAUGUCUUUCUGCGCAAGUAGUUUCAGGUCGGGCGCACUUUAGAGCAAGCCGUUUAGCCGCUCUACGCGGAGUCAUCUUUUUAUUAUGAAAGUAAUAAAAAAAGAAACUUUUUAAAAGACUUACAGUAGGGCUUUUCAAUAAAACUAGAUCCCCUAGAUGGAACUUUUCACGAUGAUUUUUGAAAAUGAGCUUGGACCUUGUCUGGGAGGUGUGUAGACAAAGUUAUGACUUCUUGAAGUUGACAGGAAACUCGCAAAAUAAAAAUCAUAUCUCAAAAUUUUUUUCCUAAUGAGAUUUGUUUUUGGUGACCAAUGCGGUCCGUUACAUCUCCAGAAAAAUAAUUAUCUUAUUUUUCUUUGAGCUUUCAUUAUUUUUCUCACAAGCAUUUUUGGUAGGUUUUGGGUCGAGAUUUGGAAUGGGCGUAUAGCUGAUUCACGGCUGGCUUGAGCCAUCGAAAAAAUGGUCCUGGAACGAUAAUAAAAGAGAUAGCGCCUGGCUCGUGGAGAGCGCAGACAGGACACGCCCCCUUAGCGCCCCAAGCUGGCCGUGAAUCACCUAUAACAUUUGCAGUAAAAAGACUCACUGUGAACUAAGACCAGUUAAAUGAGACAUAAAAAGGACUCUGGAAGUUUCAGAGAGCCCUGAGCUACUUCACAGCGUACCGAGCCCGAGUCCGACCCUCUGACAUUGAUCUGACAAGAGAUCUGGCCGUCGCCAUCGGCACUAUCUAUCGCUCCGAGUUCAUCAGAGCCGUUUUGCGACGCAAGAACGAGAUCGAGCUGUUGGACUCGGCAACCUAGUGAGCAGGAACUUUUCAAUGAGUUAUAAAAAGAUGUUCGACAGCUUCCUGGACCAACUGGAACGGAUCGCCUCCCCAGAUUACCGCGUUACAGAGUUGGAUGCCGUGAGGACGAGGAUUCCCACCACGGGAAUCACGGAGAUCAGUUUCCCGUUCCGCAAUGCGACUUUGAGGUUAGUAACAGAAGAAAAUUGGUUUAUUAGCUGUUAUAGUUCAUCCAUAGCACUCUUAACAGGCACAGGAUUUGUAAAAAGCCCGCUUUUUUUAAAUGAUUUUUAGGGCGUAUAAUAUAAAUUUUGUUUCAAACCAUCUCUCGUGCUUUCACGUCGCUAUAAGACAAAAAUCUUCAUUCAUUGUUUUACUGAUAAAAGUCAGUUAAAACUGAAGUUCGCUGGAGCGCAUUUGUCAAGCAAAAAAAAAGCAAAUGUCCUAGUUUUUUGAAAGCCUUGACGCCUUUCAUUAUUUUUUUUAUCACACAAAAAUUUGUUCCUCGUUUAGAAUGGUUGACGUCGGCGGACAAAGAUCGGAGCAACGUAAAUGGGUGGGUUUUCCAUUUGUGGAACAACUUUUAUAGUCUAAAAACUACGCAAAAACACAGAGUGCGUUUUGUAAGCUCCAAAAAUUGUACUUAUCACUUCGAAGGCAAUUUUGGUUCUGAGAGAUUUUGGAGACCAGGAAUUGCAGGCAUUUUUGGUUCAAUUGACCUUUUGAAGGUUUUAGUGAAGCUUGAGUUAAUAAAAUAGAAGUUGAACAGAUUUAUCAAUGAUAGAAGUAUAGAAUCCAAUUCCAGAUCCACUGCUUCGACAACGUCAAUGGCGUCUUGUUCAUUGUCGACAUGAGCAACUACAACUUGACGAUGAACGAGGACGACGAUCCGAAGGUCGCCAACAGGAUUCAUCGGAAAAAUCCAAUUUUUCCCUUUCAGAGGCCCCAGAAUAAGUUGAAGUAUUCAAUGGCGUUGUUCAAGAAGAUUGCUAAUCAUCCCUGCUUCACCAAGAAAACGGGCAUCAUCCUGUUCUUAAACAAAAUGGACGUUUUCCAGGAGAAGAUCGGAACCUAUCCAUUGACCCUGUGUUAUCAGAACUAUAAAGGUGAGUUGGGAAAUGAUUUUUUUCCCCCACAAAAAAGUUUCCUACUAGUCGAGUAACCCAUCAAUUAACCUCGUUUCCAGGCGCCCAAAGCUUCGAACCGUCGGCCAGCUACAUAAAGGACAGGUUCACGCGGCUCGUCAGCUCCGAAAUUCAAUCAGAACGUCCCCUCUAUUCGCAUUUCACCAAUGCCACCGAGACGCGAAAUAUUGACCGUGUUUUUGAAAGUUGUAUGGAUGUCGUGUUCAAACUGUCCAUGGAAAAGGUCGGUUUCAUGUGA